UCCUGUUUUUUACGAUUUCCGGUUUAGCACACGAGUCAAGAGCAACAUUUUUAUUAUACUUUGUGUUGGCAAACUGUUUGGAUAAAUUUGUUGAUUGUGUACCUCUACUAAGACCGUGGGAACUAGUAGACAGAGACAAAAUGAAUAUUCGCAACGCCAGGCCUGAAGAUUUGAUGAACAUGCAGCACUGCAAUCUGCUGUGUCUUCCGGAGAAUUACCAGAUGAAGUACUACUUCUACCAUGGCCUGUCCUGGCCCCAGCUCUCCUACAUAGCGGAAGACGAGAACGGAAAAAUAGUGGGAUAUGUUUUGGCUAAAAUGGAAGAAGACCCAGAUGAUGUCCCCCACGGACACAUUACAUCUCUGGCGGUGAAAAGGUCUCACAGGCGUCUGGGUUUGGCCCAGAAACUCAUGGACCAGGCCAGCCGAGCCAUGAUCGAAAAUUUCAAUGCCAAAUACGUGUCUCUGCACGUCCGCAAAAGUAACCGAGCUGCACUGCACCUUUACUCGAACACCCUAAAAUUUCAGAUUAGUGAAGUUGAGCCCAAGUACUACGCUGAUGGGGAGGAUGCCUAUGCCAUGAAGAGAGACCUUGCCCACAUGGCUGAUGAGUUAAGGAGGCCAGGUGUGCGGGUAUGGGGUCCUGACUCGCUCCCAGCGCAGGGCCUCUCUGCCCCCGGGCAUUCGGGGAAGCUGGAGGAACAAGAGCAGGAAAGGGAGGGAGAGAGGGACAGUGGGGGGGAGAGUAAAGAGAUGAGUGAAGUGAGUGAAGCCACAGAGAGCACAGACAUCAAAGACUCCUCCUCUGAUUCCUAAUAUUCUCCUAUUGAUCCGUGAAUCCGCCUCCAACUCCAACUACUGUCAUCUCAAUAUUCCUUCUCCUCUUCUGUUCCUGAUCCCUCACUCCACCCCCCUCCCCAGUGUGAGGCAUGUAACAUAUUUCUCUUCAGACAAGGCAACGGGAUGGAGAGAGUGACGACAGGUCAUAUUCUUUUGCAAAAGUCACGACCCCCUCACACACUUUAUAAGCCUGUCCCAUAUGAAUAAAAUUUAUUUGGACUUGUAUCUUAUUUUGAAUUUGUCAUACACACUGAUCUACAAGGACAUUUGACCAUGAAAUAAAUCAAUAUUAAGAA